AUGACAGGCGAACGCGUCCCAACCAAGAGGGAGUUCCUAAGCGUUCCGAUUGGAUUCCUGAGCUGCUACAUAGUGAUUGCCAAAUUGGUAAUAAGAGAGAUUUGGCGGAGAGGAGUCAACUGGGACGAGCCGCUACCAGAUAAUUUGGCCGCAGCCUUUGAGGACUGGCGGCAAGGAAUGAGCAAAAUCGAAGAGUUCCGAUUUCCACGCUACUACUUUGGCUGUGGACGCGUGCGAAUGCUACUGCUGCUCAUCUUCGUGGACUCCAGUCAGUCGGCGUUCGCAGCAGCGGCCUAUUGGCGGGCCACUUUCGAGAACGGAGUCGUGCGGGCGCAUUUCAUAAGCUCCAAGACGAAAUGCGCUCCGAUAAGGACUAUAUACAAGCAGUUCGUCGGUAACCGGGUGGUAGAGAUCUUGAAAUCCACGGAGGCGUCCCAGUGGAGAUGGAUUCCAUCUGCCGAAAACGUGGCAGAUGACGCGACGAGACCGCGCAAAGCCGUGGACCUGAGCAUCGGUUCGCGAUGGCUAAGCGGUCCACCAUUUCUACGAGGACCAGAGGAGAGCUGGCCAAGAUCGAGGAGAUUCUCCAACUACAAUCGACUGGUGAGGAGCAGCGUAUGGGUUCUCAGAUUCAUGCGACGGUGUCGUGGACCACGAUACGGUGGAGAGGAUCACGGACUGACGUCGAUGGAGUGCGCUAAAGCUGAGCGCGCAGUGGUACGGCAAUCUCAGCGAAAAGCGUUUGCUGAGGACAGCCAAGGAAAAGCCGCCAAGAGCAGUCGACUGCAUGGACUGUCCCCAUACUUCGACGAGGACGGAGCUUUGGCGGAGAUGAUCGUGCAGCAUCACCACGAGAGGAUGUGCCACCAAAACACGGAGGCAACCACCGGAGCGAUCCGGCAGAAGUUCUGGAUUACGAACUUACGGAGGCUGCUACGAAGGGUGGUGAGCAAGAGCAACGUUUGUAAGCUGCGAAGAGCACGAGCAACUCAGCCCGAGAUUGGUCCCCGGCCAGAGGACCGGCUGGAGGCCAACGGAUGGCUCAUUAAGCUUACCGGAUUAGACUAUUUUGGACCGCUAUUUGUGACGGUUGGACGUCGUACGGAGAAGACGUGGGUGGCACUUUGUACGUGUCUGACCACAAGAGCUAUCCACUUGGAGAUGGCUCACGAUUUGUCUACCGAUUCCUGCAUAAUCGCUGUAAGGAACUUCAUGAGCCGACUGACGGUGGACCAGGAGGCUCCACUGUCACCCAACGACUUGCAGAAGGGAGCACCCGAUGGUCCACAUCUUCCCAAGGAUGACGGACAGGAGUCCGUAAGAUGCGCUACCAGGAAGCAGUGGCGCAUAGCGAGGAUGAUGCAGGUUCGAUUUUGGGAGCGAUGGGUGCAUGAGUACCUGCCGACUCUUGUGCGCAGGGAGAGAUGGUGCAAGCACGUCGAACCCAUUCGUCAAGGAGACUUGGUGUUCAUCUGUGAUCCAGCCAUACCACGAAGAGAGUGGUAA